AUGGGCAACGACGGCGGCAGCAUCCCAACACGCCGCGAACUAGUCAAGGAGGCGGCGCGCAAUCCGACUACAGCGCAGGUGAAGGAGGCGCGGGCGGAGCAGGCCGGGUAUGGAUGGUCCACCGAUCCCAUCUCGCGCGAGCCACUUGUCGCGCCAGUAGUAUCGGACAGCGCAGGCAAGCUGUACAACAAGGCAACCAUCAUUGAAUUCCUGGUCGAGGGUGCGCGCAAGGACGACGCCGAAGCUCAACUACACGGCGCAGUCAAGAGUCUCAAGGACGUCGUCGAGGUCAAGUUCGAGACGGACAGCGAAAAUCCCGGCAAGUGGAAGUGUCCCAUCACCGGCGAAACCCUUGGACCGGCGAGCAAGGCGGCGUACAUUGUGCCAUGUGGGCACGCCUUCUCUGGUGCUGCCAUCAAGGAGGUUUCUGGCGAGAAGUGCCUCACGUGCGAGACUGAGUACGCGAGCAACGAUGUGAUCCCCAUCGUUUCUGUCACGGAAACGGAUAUCGCACGGCUGCAACUGAGGGCCAAAACGCUGGCUGAGAAGGGGCUGAGUCAUUCGCUAAAGAAGAUCGCCGGCGGGAAGAAGAGGAAGAAGGGCGCUGAAGACACGGAGAAGAACAAAUCAGAGGCCGGUACGGACAUCAGUAGUACCAUCAAUAACGCUUCCACUGCGAGUAUCGCCGCCAAGGUUCGGGAGGAGCAGGAGAAGAGCAAGAAGCGGAAGACGGAGAGCGAGAACGUGCAGAGUCUGUUCUCCUCUCGCGAUCAGAGCAAGCCAAUGGGCAAAAGCUCCGACUUCAUGAGUCGUGGCUACAGUCUACCGACUGCGGCGAAGCAAUGA